AUUGUGCUUGCAAGGCAAGAACUUCACUCUGAGUUGUCCCCCAGCCCCUACAAUUGUGAGUGAUAGCUGCUUCAGGAAUCUUGCAGAAGACCGAAGUGGGAUAAAUCUUAAAGAUCUUGUCCAAGAUCCUUCUUUGUUGGGUGGAACUAUAUCAGCAUACAAGAUAGUACCAGAUGAAAUAGAAGAAAUCAAGGAAACUCUCAUAGAUUGGUGUGAUGAGAAGGAACUUAAUUUGAUACUAACAACUGGAGGAACAGGGUUUGCACCACGAGAUGUCACUCCAGAGAAAUUCCCAACAUUCCCAUUUUGUGGGCUCCAGAAAGGGGCCACAAAAGAAGUAAUAGAACGGGAAGCGCCAGGGAUGGCCCUGGCCAUGCUGAUGGGAUCACUUAAUGUUACACCUCUGGGCAUGCUCUCUAGACCAGUGUGUGGAAUAAGGGGGAAAACUCUGAUAAUUAACCUACCUGGUAGCAAGAAAGGAUCUCAGGAAUGCUUUCAGUUCAUACUGCCAGCUCUACCUCAUGCCAUUGACCUUUUACGUGAUGCCAUUGUAAAAGUAAAGGAGGUGCAUGAUGAACUUGAAGAUUUACCUUCCCCACCACCUCCUCUUUCUCCACCUCCUACAACUAGCCCCCAUAAACAGACAGAAGAUAAAGGGGUUCAGUGUGAAGAAGAGGAAGAGGAAAAGAAAGACAGUGGUGUAGCUUCAACAGAAGAUAGUUCCUCGUCACAUAUAACUGCAGCAGCCAUUGCUGCAAAGAAGCAUCCAUUGUACACCAAUCCUGCUGUUUUCAUGGCACAUCAUGGACAGCCCAUCCCUGGUAUCAUCAGUUAUUCCUAUGAUGCAACAGGCAGUACAGAUAAACGGAUUCCAGAUUCCAUCAUUUCUCGUGGUGUUCAGGUGCUCCCACGAGACACAGCCUCCCUCAGCACUACUCCUUCAGAAUCGCCCCGUGCUCAGGCUACAUCCCGCCUCUCUACAGCUUCUUGUCCAACACCAAAAGUCCAGUCCAGGUGCAGCAGCAAGGAGAACAUUCUCAGAGCCAGUCACAGUGCUGUAGAUAUCACCAAGGUGGCUCGAAGACAUCGCAUGUCUCCUUUUCCUCUGACAUCUAUGGACAAAGCCUUCAUUACAGUCCUGGAGAUGACUCCGGUGCUUGGUACAGAAAUCAUCAAUUACCGAGAUGGAAUGGGGCGAGUCCUUGCUCAAGAUGUAUAUGCAAAAGACAACCUACCCCCAUUCCCAGCAUCAGUAAAGGAUGGCUAUGCUGUUCGAGCUGCUGAUGGUCCAGGAGAUCGUUUCAUCAUUGGGGAAUCCCAAGCUGGUGAACAGCCAACUCAGACAGUGAUGCCAGGACAAGUGAUGCGGGUUACAACAGGUGCUCCAAUCCCCUGCGGUGCUGAUGCAGUAGUGCAAGUGGAAGAUACCGAACUUAUCAGGGAAUCAGAUGAUGGUACUGAGGAACUUGAAGUGCGAAUUCUGGUGCAGGCUCGGCCAGGCCAAGAUAUCCGACCCAUCGGCCAUGACAUUAAAAGAGGGGAGUGUGUUUUGGCCAAAGGAACCCAUAUGGGCCCUUCAGAGAUUGGUCUCCUUGCAACUGUGGGCGUCACAGAGGUUGAAGUUAAUAAGUUUCCAGUGGUUGCUGUCAUGUCAACAGGGAAUGAGCUGCUCAAUCCUGAAGAUGACCUCUUACCAGGAAAGAUUCGAGACAGCAAUCGGUCAACACUUCUAGCAACAAUUCAGGAACAUGGUUAUCCCACAAUCAACCUGGGAAUUGUGGGAGACAACCCAGAUGAUUUACUCAACGCCUUGAACGAGGGUAUCAGCCGUGCUGAUGUCAUCAUCACCUCAGGAGGUGUGUCGAUGGGGGAAAAGGACUAUCUCAAGCAGGUGCUGGACAUUGAUCUUCACGCGCAGAUCCAUUUUGGCAGAGUUUUUAUGAAGCCAGGCUUGCCAACAACAUUUGCAACUUUGGAUAUUGAUGGUGUAAGAAAAAUUAUUUUUGCACUACCAGGGAAUCCUGUAUCAGCUGUGGUCACCUGCAACCUCUUUGUUGUACCUGCACUGAGAAAGAUGCAGGGUAUCUUGGAUCCUCGGCCAACCAUCAUCAAAGCCAGGUUGUCAUGUGAUGUAAAACUGGACCCUCGCCCAGAGUACCACCGGUGUAUACUGACUUGGCAUCACCAAGAACCACUGCCCUGGGCCCAGAGUACAGGUAAUCAGAUGAGCAGCCGUCUGAUGAGCAUGCGCAGCGCCAAUGGAUUAUUGAUGCUACCUCCAAAGACAGAGCAGUACGUGGAACUCCACAAGGGCGAGGUGGUGGAUGUCAUGGUCAUUGGACGGCUAUGAUGGUCACCAACAGGAGAAAGCUUUGAUGCAUGUCCACAUAUCAUUGACUGUAUCCUGUAAUAUGCAACGGCACAGCUAGUUUUUCUGAUCUGGAUAAAAGUUGAUCUGUAUAGUCAACAUCUUGAACUAUAUUUCAGAUGAACUUAAAUACCUUUUAAAAAAACACACCUAAGAAUAAAUCUUAACAGACAACUCUAUUCUGAUUAUAUCAAAGCAAAAUUUUCCUUUCUUGCAAAUUGCUUUGUGUGUUCAAUGCUAGGUCUGAUAGCGAUAGCUUUUAGUAGACAGCGGUAGGUGCCUGCAGAACCUGUGUUUUUCUCAUCUUUAAAUACAACUACUUAUGCUCUUAAUCAAGGCUGUCUGCUUAUUUAUACUAGUGUAGGCAACACUGGGAUUUCCCUUCUUAGUAUGCUUCAUAACUGCUUUACAGAGAGCUUCUGCUUGUUCUUUAUCAUGUAUCUCGUGUUUAUGUGCACCGUGCCAAAAGAGGAGUGACUGCGCGGAGGCCCUGCCCUGCCGCGAGCACCCAGGGACGCUCUCACCCUAGCAGCCUCUGGCACAGCACUCGCAGGCAGUAACUGGAUACUUUUUAUUUGAACAAACAAACUGGGGGAAAAUGCUUCCUUAAGUGCUGACAGCCUUUUUAAUCAACACAUUUAAAAUUGUACAGAACACAAAUAAAAUAAAAUCAAAGACUGAUCUUGUACAGAUAUUAGUGUUACCAGCAUUCAUGUGGAAAUCAAGAGCAAAAACAAAUAAUGUUAAACAACUCUGUACCAUAACAUUUUCUGUAAUGAUACUGAAACUUAAUGAAUAAAAAAAAAUCCUUGAUCAUUAUUUAAAAA